AUGCCAGAUGGGUACAUCUCUAUCGCGCCAAGUCAUUCGGUGGCGCGCGACAACCCGGCCUCAGCCCCCAAAGGUCUGGCCUUUGGGCGGCCCAAGUUUCCUAAGGCAUCCAGUGGGGUAGAGCAUCUGGGCGACUACCGACCGGGCGGCUAUCGUCCGAUUCACCUCGACGAUCGGCUUGACAACCGCUAUCGUAUAGUCCACAAGCUCGGCCACGGCACAUUCUCCACCGUCUGGCUUGCCGUCGACAACAAGACAUCCAAAUAUGUUGCCGUCAAGGUCGGCACGGCGGACGCGCCUCGCACUGAGAUUGACGUUCUCUCCCAGCUCACCCAGAACGAGACGGUCCAUAUGGACUUCGAAGGCGAGCUGAGGCUCAUCCCUGUCGUGCUUGAUCGCUUUGAUCUCAGCGGGCCAAAUGGCAGUUCCCUAUUCCAGCUAGAUGCGGCUAGGUCUCUUGCUGCGCAGCUAGCCAUGGCCGCAUGUCUCGUCCACGCACAGGGCUACGCUCAUGGAGACCUUCACCUCGGGAAUCUUCUUCUUCAGCUGCCUGCAUCGCUCAACAAUUUAUCGAUACGUCAAUUGUACGCAGGGUACGGGGAGCCGGAGCAGGAGCCAGUCGUACGCCUCGACACCCAGGCGGCUUCAACGGAGCCCGGAGUUCCUUCCUACGCAGUGCCUCCAGUGUGGCUGGGCAUAGAAAGCAAGGAGAUCAUCCUAGGCGAGGCGAAGCUCCUCCUGAGCGACUUUGGAGUUGCAUUUCGCCCCAGCGACAACUCUCGGUUCGAGUCAUACACACCACUUGUAUACCGCCCACCCGAGGCAUUCUUCGAGCCAACAACGCCGCUCACAUUUGCCUCUGACAUUUGGAGCCUGGGAUGUGUGAUCUUUGAGCUCCUCGCUCAUAGAUCGCUCAUCGACGGGUUUCUUGCGCCACAGGACGAGAUCACGGCCCAGCAGGUAGAAUUGCAGGGCCUCAUGCCCCCGGAGUGGUGGACGAGAUGGGAGAAGCGACCAAAUUGGUACGAUGAAGUGGGCAAGCCCCUAAGCAACGCCUCUGAUAUCUGGUCAUGGGAAAGGCGGUUUGAGCAGUGGGUGCAAAACCCGCGACAGUCUAAGGGCAUGGAAAAGAUUGGUGACCAUGAGCGAGAUGCGCUACUGAAGCUCCUGGCAUGGAUGCUUGCAUGGAGGCCAAGCGAGCGACCGAGUGUGAGGCAGGUGUUGGAAACGGAGUGGAGGACGAGGUGGGCUUUGCCAGCAGCGCGAAGCAUAAAAGACUGA